AUGGGCGCCCGCAUCAUCCCCCUCAUCAUCCUCAUCGUCGUCGUCUCCGUCAUCGCCGUGAUCGGGUACAUCGCAUGGAGUAUCGCGCAGGAGGUCACGCGCACGACGCGCUCGAAGAUGGAGAAGAAGAACGUUGUCUGGACGCGCGACGGUAUGAAGGUCGGCGUGAAGGAGUUGAAGGAUGAGGAGUAUAAGGAUCGGAGUCAGAGCGUGCUGGUCAACAUGUGGAAUCAUACUUCGUUUCCUGCGUAUAAGAGUCGACUGUGGAAUAUGACCGGGUCGACGGAUGAGGGGAAGCAGUCGGGGAAGAAGGAUUGA